UGCUUUUUUAGAUUUUGUAACAAUACUUCUGGAACCACUUAUAUAUAUUUUUUUGGGUGUAUGUUAUCAUCCAUUUGCCCUAAAGAAUAAUAAAAAGAACAAAUUUUAUUGUGAUGUAAAAGUUAAUUUUUACUUUGAAUAAUCGAUCAUAGGAAACGUACAUAUUCUGGAUUAAAAAGAUCAUAACUACGAUAUUAAAAUUUAAUGGAAGUAAAGAACAAUUUUAAUACUCUAUUAGAACUCUGAAGACGUCAAAUUAUAAAAACUAAAAUCACAAUUUUAAAUUGUUAUACAAAAGUAUAAUAAUUAUGCCCUGUUUUGGUAUAAAUCGCGACUAUGGAAUCAGUCCCAAUUGUCUUGUAUUAAUUUUGGUCUGUGGGAUCUUCGUAAAUAUAUUUAUAGCACUACCUGUCUAUGCACUUGGAAAAGCAGUGCAUGAAAAAUAUAAAUUGUUGAAAUUUUGGACUGUUUUGCCUCUUAUUUUCGCGGAAACAAUGUUGUUUAAUUGUAUAAUCGGCAUUGUAGGACUAAUUUGGAGAAAUCCAUAUCUGUUACUUUACAAAAGUGUUUUGGGUUUCAUAAUACUCUUAAUGGAAAUUAUUAUACUGCCCCAGAUACUUCUCAUGCUCCCCAAUUUGCACCGUGAAGUAGAAAAUAUGCUCAAUAGAACAACAACAACGAGUAAUGAGAAGUUGCUUUAUGGCGAUGUCUUAAACUUAAUACAAUCAGAGUAUAAUUGCUGUGGCAUCACCGGUCCAGAAGUUUGGAAUAAGUUUUAUGAAAAUGAUACACUACCAGAUUCAUGUUGUCAGUAUGAACUACUAAAUAGAACGUGUACAUACGAGAAUGCCAUUAAAGUGACUUGUGUAAAUAGAUUUGAGUCUAUAAAGUAUCCAUUGUUUUUAAUUGGAAUAUCAACUAUAAUAAUUAUUGUGAGCAUUCAAAGUAUUUUGGUGAUAGUUUCUUAUAAGCUUAGCUAUCUAUAUUAGUAAAAUAUAGCCAGUAUAUACGAACAGUCAAAGAUACAUACCGUAUUGUGACGAUUGUUGUCGCCUUCGAUCCAAACUUUUGCGUGAUGGUCAAUCCGUUUUUGGAUAAAGGACAUAAAGUGU